GCGGCAUGGAGGAGGCGGAGGCGCGGUGCCGGGUGCUUUCUAUCCAGAGCCAUGUUGUGUGCGGCUACGUGGGCAACAAGGCGGCGAGCUUCCCGCUGCAGGUUCUGGGAUUUGAAGUUGAUCCUGUGAAUUCUGUCCAGUUUUCAAACCACACAGGUUAUGCUCACUGGAAGGGUCAGAUGUUAAAUUCAGAUGAACUCCAUGAGCUGUAUGAAGGACUUAAACUGAACAAUGUGAACCACUAUGACUAUGUACUCACAGGUUACACGAGGGACGCGUCAUUCCUUGCAACGGUGGUUGAUAUUGUUCAGGAGUUGAAGCUACAGAACUCUGACCUGGUGUACGUGUGUGAUCCAGUGAUGGGUGACAAAUGGAAAGGAGAAGGCUCUAUGUAUGUGCCAAAGGAGCUUCUCCCAGUCUACAGGGACAGAGUUGUACCCGUUGCAGAUAUAAUAACUCCUAAUCAGUUUGAGGCUGAGUUGCUCACUGGCAGAAAGAUUCACACAGAAAAAGAAGCUUUAGAGGUAAUGGAUAUGCUUCAUGCUAUGGGACCAGAGACAGUGGUGAUCACAAGCUCAGACCUACAGGGUUCUCUAGGAAGUGACUUCCUAAUUGCACUAGGGAGCCAAAGGAAAACUAGAGCGGAUGGCACCAAGGUGACCCAGAGAAUUCGAAUGGAGUCUCCUAAAGUGGAUGCUGACUUCGUUGGAACUGGAGACUUGUUUGCUGCGAUGCUCUUGGCCUGGACACACAAACAUCCAAAUAAUCUUAAGGGCUACGGGAUAUAUACGCGCCGGCGCGACGAGUACCCCCACAAGCCGCCCUUCCCCGGAUUUUUCACAGGGUGCCCUUCUUACACCGGAGAGCUGCCCGUCAGCCGGAGCUCGGCCGCCGAGAAAAGCAUGAACUUCUCCCGGGCUUCCCGGCGCUCGGCUUUUUUCUUCACCGAGCGGACAUCGGUUGCGUUACGCACUGGAGCUGUGCGGUUCGUUCGAGGUAAAAUCGAGUUAGCCGGCGUGCCGCCGAAGUAA